CCCAUUCUCAAACAAACCCAACUCUCUCUAUCUCUCUCGCUCUCUCUCUCUCACAAAAUCAAUCAAUCCAAUUGAUCUUCAUAGUUUUAUACCAUGCACCAAGCAAUUCCCUAUAGUUACAAAACAUACUUUCCGACCACCAUCGGACUGUCACGUGACACAUCCACCACCACCACCACCACCACAACCAGUGUUGCCGAUGCAACAAAUGUGGGGAAACUGGUAUCAGAGAAUGCUGUGAUGGUGUUUGGGAGACGUGGGUGUUGCAUGUGCCAUGUUGUGAAGAGGUUAUUACAAGGCCUUGGUGUGAACCCCACGGUUUCCGAGGUUGAUGAUCAGGACGAGGCUGCUGUGAUUAACCAACUGUUAAAAAUUAUUAGUGUUGAUCAGGAAUCAGGUGGGCAAGAUGGGUCGUCAGUACAAUUCCCAGUGGUUUUUGUUGGGGGCAAGUUGUUUGGGGGCUUAGAAAGAGUCAUGGCUACUCAUAUUUCUGGUGAAUUGGUGCCUAUCUUGAAGGAAGCUGGGGCUUUGUGGCUUUGAUUCUUGUACUUUUGUUUUUUAAUCACAGUUUGGUACUCAUUUUAAUUUCUUAGCAAGGGUUCCUUCUCAAUAAUUUUUGGAGGGAGGAAUGUAGGGAAUUUUAUCUUUAAAUUUCUUUUUCAAUUUCUCAAUUUGUCUUUUUGGAAUGGAAGAAGACACAUAUGUAUGUAGAUUAAUGGAAUUUUAAUUUUGAUCUUGUGAAAGAUCAAUGGAGUUGAUUCGUUGAAAGCUUAUUUCUAACA